UGGGCACCUAAUGGCCUAACGGGUUAGGGUUCUUUUUGGGAAACAAAAUAAAUCUUAUGCCAUUUUUAAACCGGCCGGUUCAUGUGGGAAAUAAAAGGGCUUGUUUUCACCAGCUUCAUCACCUUCCCGUCUGAUUUGUUGAUUCUCUAAAACCCUAAUAAAUUUUACUGACGGGAAGAUGACCCAAAAGAACAACCUUUUCAAAGGCCAACAAAAGAAGAAAUCGAUACCUCCCAACCGCCAUGGCAAAGUUGCUCAAACCCGUAAAGGAAAGAGAAUUGUAAAGCCAUCAAAGGUCACGAAAGAUAUGGAUACGGAUCGGGAACUGACCAAGUUUAUAAAUUAUUGCAAUGAGAUGAAAGCAGCAACAUGUGCCAACAAGGAAGGUGGGCAGCUAAGUAUCGUCAAAUCUGCACCAGAGUCAUCUAAAGGUGCAAAGUAGUAAAAGUUAUCCUGUUGUUCCAUUGGCAUUUUGUUGUAGCUGAUAUCUUUAAGGUUUUCCUUGUCCUGUUGUGUAAUUUACCUAGUUGAGGAUGGUUAAGGUUCGGGAUUGGUCUUCUUCAAUUUGUUCUAAGAUUCUUGUUACUCUCUACAGUUUUGACUGCUAUGAAAUGUAAAUCUUUUGCCUUUGAUGUUACUUCAGAAUUGCUUUAGGUAAGUUGACUCAGUGAGUGUCUGUAGUAAUAACAAUCCACCUUACUUGAAUGAAUUGUUGUUCCGUU